UCCCAUACAACUGCACAACUCCUGGACGAAGUCUUUACCGCUCGAGCCCAGCGUCAUUUGAAAGAAAAAAAAUUCUCUCUCUCUCACGCACACACACUCACAUUAAGAAUGCCUCCUCAUCUGUAUGAAUCGAACACUACUGAGCACGGACAAAUCUCAGCGCAAUUGAGCAAAAGCAAAAGGAAGGAAGCCAGUGAAUUAAGAAAGACUUUGAAACCUCUCAUGGAGAAGCGCAGACGCGCACGGAUCAAUGACAGUCUGAACCAGUUAAAGACUCUGAUUCUGCCCCUCAUUGGAAAAGAUAGUCCCCGAUAUUCCAAAUUGGAAAAGGCUGAUAUUCUAGAAAUGACUGUCAGAUUUCUCCAGGACCUACCGAAGACACCGCUGUACGAUCGCCUGGACAGCUACAGGGAAGGUUACCGCGCCUGCCUCCUACAACUGGCCAACCUUCUCCCCAGUUCAAAACUCAUGGGAACGGAAGCUUGCGAUCGCCUGACGGACUACCUGGAGAGAUGUAUGCCUCUAGUCUCCUACUAUCCUUAUUCUCACAACACCAGGAGCCCCACGGGGACAGACGCUUCACGAGAGAGACCACGGACUUUAAUCCAGUCGAACCCAACUGGGAGCUCAGCGCUUCAUCGUCCUUCACCGCCCAGUCACAGUCUCCGUCCCAACCAACAAAUCAUUCCAGCUGACCAGGAGAACUCUAUCUGGAGACCCUGGUAGUGGACGUGAAUACACGAACUAAAAACAAAGAGACUUAAUUACCUUGUACAGGAUUACAUUGUAAAGAAAACUUUGCAUUCUGUUAUAUCCAAAGCAUUGCCAGUUUUGUGAAUUGAACAAUUUCUAUGCAAAACAGAAACUUUCCUUUACGCCGAGCCAACUAAACGACGACUCACAACGGGGCACUUUGUAAUGUUAGCAUGUCUAUCUUUCUGUAAUAUAAGGGAAUAUAUUUUAAAUAUGAAAAUUCAAAGAUAAUAUAAAUUUAAUGAUUGUAUGAAAGAGAUUUCUGAAAAUAAAC